AUGGUCGAUGGUCAGCAUGUGCACAUACACGAGGACAUCCGUGACGAGAUUGCAACACUCGAAGCCAUCUAUGGCGAACGUAUAGAGACUUCGUAUCCUACUACGCUGAGUGCAGAUGUAACUGUGCAGUGCACCGUGUUGGUGGGGGGUGAUGCUGACGACCAACUGAAACCCAAUACCCACAGACUGGUAUUAUGGUUUCCACAGGGGUAUCCAGAGGAAGCUCCAAUACGCGCUAAG